AUGGCCAAUCACCUCAGACCUUUGUUUAUAAUAGAAAACUUUGGGGGUGUUCCUAUUCCCAAGGUCAUGAUAGAUGAAGGUGCAACCAUUAAUCUUCUGCCUCACAGAAUGCUGAGCAAGAUGGGCAGAACAGAGAAAGAUUUGAUUCCAACACGCUUGACCGUCACCAACUUUGCAGGGGGCAUCACCAAAACUCAUGGGAUCCUAGAUGUGGAUGUCAUAGUUGGAAACAAAAAGCUGAAAAUUGCAUUCUUUGUGCAAUUAGCUCUGUGGAAUGAAGAGGGUUAUAUGGAGAUAGUAGAGGCCAAUCCACGGCCAUUUCUGCCUUCUGCCAUGUGUUUUAAGGCAAGAUAUUAUCAUGAUGACCUUGGUCCUUUCACUUUCCUUGGAGUCAACCAGAACGGCCGCCCCCUGGAGAAGGAUCGAGCUACAACAAUCCGAUCCAUUACAAAAAUAUUGUUGAUGUAUUGGGAGGAAAGAAAGCUCUUCAUGCAGAAUCCAGCCAUCAAUAUGGCAGAAUUCACCCAUGAAAGCACGAAAGAUCAAGAGGAAGAGAGUUUGCAAGAGGAAGUAUUAGAUUUUGCACCAGCAGCACUGGAUAAUUCUUUGCCAGAAGUAGAAGAUCCUUUGCAGGAAAUAAACUUAGGGACAGAAGAGGAUUCAAGACCUACUUUCAUCAGUGCACUAUUGAAAGAGCCACUUAAGAGUGAACUCAUUGUACUUUUGCAGGAGUUCAGAGAUUGUUUUGCUUGGCAUUAUCAUGAAAUGCCAAGAUUAGACAGGGAAUUGGUGGAACACAAGCUGCCAAUCAAAAAGGGUUACUUCCAGUCAAACAAGCUAGAAGAAGAAUUUCUGAAAAGAAAAAUAGGGGCAGUCAGAAUCUGCGUGGAUUACAGAAAUCUGAAUGAAGCAUCUCCCAAGGACGAGUACCCUAUGCCGAUGGCAGAUAUGCUAGUAGAUGGAGCUGCUCAUAACCAGAUGCUAUCCUUUAUGGAUGGCAAUGUAGGUUACAAUCAGAUUAUGGUGGCAGAAGAAGACAUCCACAAGACAGCUUUCAUGUGCUCAGGGCAUAUAGGUGCUUUUGAAUAUACUGUAAUGCCUUUUGGUUUAAGAAAUACAGGAGCCACUUAUCAAAGAGCAAUGAACUCUGUUUUUCAUGAUAUGAUAGGGCAUUAUUUGGAAGAACAGAACUUCAAGCGGAAAGAACAGCACCAACAAGCUUUUGAGGAAAUCAAGAGUUACCUCUCAAAUCCAUCAGUUCUGUCCCCACCAAAGAGAGGCAAACCAUUCAAGCUCUAUGUGUCUGCAUCGGAAGUAUCCAUUGGGAGUCUCUUAGUCCAAGAUAACAAGGAAGGGAAGAAACAGGCAGUCUACUAUCUGAGCAGAACUCUAACAGAAGUAGAGAGAAAAUAUUCUGCAAUUGAAAGACUUUGCCUAGCCUUAUACUUCACUGCUGUAAAGCUCAGGCAUUACAUGCCGCCAUAUACCAUCUAUAUCAUUGCCAAGACAGAUCUAAUCAAAUACAUGCUAACAAGACCAAUGCUGAGAGGCAGAAUUGGAAAAUGGACUCUGGCCUUGACAGAAUUUGCCUUCAGGUAUGUUCCCCAGAAAGCUGUCAAGGGACAAGCUGUAGCAGACUUCCUAGCAGACCAUCCAGGGGAAGAAAUUGAAAACAUGGAUUCUUUGGAUAUAGAAAAUGCAGAUCUGUUGACAAGAGUUCAUGUCUGCUUGAACAAUCCUAUCUAUUCAGUUCACCUCACACCUUGGAAGCUAUACUUUGAUGGAUCAAAGACUGACAUGGCUUCUGGGGCAGGAAUUGUUUUGGAGGAACCACUUGGAAUCAGACACUGUUACUCUUUCUAG